UCCCAACCAGGGGGAUGGGGAAGGCCUGCCCCCUUUUCUCUGUGUGUGUGUGUCUCACUUCUUUUUCUGGUGGUGCCGGGUCCGCUGCUGCACGCCCGCCCGUGAGUGUGCUGUCUGCUCCUGUGUCUCGUUCGUCGUGCACACAGGACGAGAAGCACCCCUUUUCUUGCUUGCUCCUUUUUGAUUAUUAAAAAAGGGAAAAAAAGAGAUCCGUAUGUGUGUGUGUUUCUUUUUUAUAUUAUUCCCCCCGGCACACAGAGUCACACACACACAACUACUCUGCUGACUUGUGUGUGUUGUUCUUGUUUGCGAAACAUUUCUUUCAUUCGACAACACACCACCACCGCAGUGCGAGCGGUUUGUGCCCAGGCCUGAUCGGUCUGGUGAGCCUCACACCAACACACAUUUUACUUGCUACACAUUAUUAUAUUUUGACGGGGGGAUCUUUACUGCUACUGCUGCUGCUGCUCACUCCAUUUUUGUUUCGCCAAAAUAAUUCGUCCACCGACUGUUUUGUCAUUUCGGCAAGUCUAUCGAGAGAAAAAAAAGUGAGUGUGUGUGUGAAUGACCAAGUGAGUUUCUUCUUUCAGUUUUGCCCAUCUAACGCACACACUCUGGCCCCCAAGAUCAUGGAGCCGCUGCUGCUGAGUAAGAUUGAUCGGAUAUUCAACUCGCUCAGACCUCAGAAUCAUCCAAGCCUCCAUCACUCGACGUUGGAGUGAACUCUUUUAUUUUUAUUUUUAUUUCUUUAUCUUUUUUUUCUGGGGGGUGGGGUUGAGCGGCAAAAUUUCAAAUAACAUUUUCAAAGUACAAAAAAGAAAGAAAAGAGUCGGUCGGUCGUCGACGGGGGGGUUUUGAACGGAUCCUUCCAUGAUGAAUUAUCCAGUUUGGCCGGAUUCGGCCGGGGUGGCCGGUUACUCUCGGACAUUGCUGGGCCAAGGUGGAGGCGGAAUGCGGUCGUCGUUGGCUCCACCGCCACCUCCUCCGCCUGCAGCCCCCUCAAGUGCCGGGACCGCCGAUGAAGGAGGCACCAACAAAUGCAACCCGCCGAAAUAUAACGUCACCAACGGAGGAACGGACCCGACAACUAUUCAACGCUCAGCCAAUCACCAUUCAUCUUCUUCCGCAGCCGGCGGAUCCUCGUCGUCCUCGGCGGCCCGUUUGAAUAAUGGAGACGAUUGUGGCAGCAGUGGCGGCGGAGGAGCUCGAGGCCAUCAGCUCCCCUCGGCGGACAAAUACGCCCCGCUGUCUUCCUUUACCGACGACGACAGUCUCCUCAAGGUGGCGACACAUUUUCUCAGCGGUGGAAACGGGCAGGGUCGACACUACAUGCCUAUUGCCCGCGAUUACUCAACAUUGAGCUAUUCCUCGGGCGUUUCCGUCAGUACAGCCGGCUCCUAUUGUAAUCCCGGCCAGCAGCAGCAGCAGCAACAACAGCAGCAGCAACAACAACAACAGCAGCAGCAACAACAACAACAGCAAGUUGCGGCCCUCUCGUUGGAACGACCGGGGGGUACGGCACGCAAUCCUCAUACUUCAGAUGGUGGUCCGGGAGCCGGAAGCCGGAUAUCUUCAGCGUCUAGUUCAGAUAAUGGAGGACCGAAUACGGCCGGCGGCGCGGGCCAACCCAACCCGUUACUCUCUCCGUGCAGCGUCAUGGAAGAAGCCUCGAGUCCCGGCUCGACGACCAGUCAAUUAUCCUAUUUGGGUGCCCUACAAAGUCCGGCCAAUUCCGGCUUGACUCCGCUCGGCUUCCCAGCUCCGUACCUUUUAACCAAAGACGGUGCCGGAUUGGCCGCUGCGGCCGCAGCUGCCGCCGCCCAAGCUGCUCACGUCGCUGCCCAGCAGGUCGGGCACGGUGGUGGGCAUGGAGGGCAUGGUGGACAUGGCGGCGGCGGAGGACACGGCCACAGUGGACACGGUAGCGGCAUAAGCGGACCCAAACAGAAGAAAGAACCUAAACCGGGCAGUGAUGUACGUUCAUUCGGAUGUCAGGUUUGUGGACGUGGAUUCAAACAAAAGGCGACGUUGGCUCAGCACGAAAGGACCCACACGGAUGAACGACCGUUCGAUUGUCCUGAUUGCCACAAACGCUUCCGUCAGCAGUCUCACUUGGUGCAGCAUUUACGGAUUCAUUCGGACGAGCGACCCUAUGGAUGCACCUACUGCGAAAAGGCGUUCCGUCAGAAGGCGAUACUCAACCAGCAUAUCCGGAUCCAUACGGGAGAGAAGCCGUACGUUUGCCCACAGUGCACUAAAUGCUUCCGACAGAAAGCCAUACUUAAUCAGCACAUCCGGACGCACUCGGGCAAACGCCCCUACUCUUGCCCGGACGCCAAAUGCAAAAAGAAAUUUGUCGAUCAGGCGUCGAUGGAGAAACAUUUCAAAAAGCAUAUCGAGGAUGACCAGCAGCAGUUGCUGGCCGAAGCACGAGGCGGACCUGGGAUGAGGUCCACCAACGCCGGAGGACGCAACAAUGCCAAAGGAUUGUUGCGGGUCAAAUUGAACAAUUCUGACCGACCGGCUACAACUUUCAGCCGCGUCUUGGCGCCUGGCGCCGGCGGGAUCUCGACUCAGGACCGGGCCACAUCUCCUUUCCCAAUCAACAUGAUGACCCGCCCUGGACAAAACAAUAACAACAACAACAAUAAUAAUAAUGCCGCGUCGGGCGCUCCUACUCCGGCCGGAACUGCUUCCGCUUCUCCUGAACGGAUGGCCGACACUCCGGCUGCUAGCCGGAUUGAAUUAGCCGCCCACGAAGGAUCAUCUCAACAAGCACCGCCCACUUACCUGACUCAUCACGGGCACCAUCACCACCACCAGGCGGCUGCAGCCGCAGCAGCCGCCAGCAAUCCAGCUUCCGGCCCUUACCAUUUUGUUCCGUUUCCUCACCGACCCUACCACUAUGAUCUGCUGAGUCUCGGUUCCAUGGGUCAAUCCAUGUACGGCGGCGGAGGUAGCAAUAACAAGAUGGCCGAGCAGCAUGCAGCAGCCAAAUACCGCUCGGAUGCUUUGGGCGAGGCUCCUCACAGCCAACAAAUGGGAGGCGCUAUGGAUAAGGAGUGCGUCGGAGGUGCCAACAACAAUAUGGCAACCAACUACACGGUUAAUGGAAGCGUCAAAAAGGAUAGUGUUCCUUAAAGGAAAAGGAGAAGAAAGUUUUGGGGAAAUUUAAAACCUACCGACAGCUAGUAAUGACGACAACUUUAAAGUAUAUAUCUCUCCUUUUCUUCUUUUACAUUUUUUCAAAAAAUAUCAACACAUCAUUUUGACACAUGUAUACCACCCCCCCCCCACCCCCCUCCCUUUUUGCUGGCGGCUGAUAUGCAAAAGAAAAGAGAGAGAAUUCACUUAGAAGGAAGUUUUUUAUUAACGGGAAAAAAAGAAUUUCCCUCCGCUUUCAAAAAAGACGGAAUUGUUGUGUGCCACCCGGUGAAACGUUUUGUGCCGCCGUUCUCGCGGCUUAAAAAUUAGAAAUAAGGGAAAAACAUUUUGACAAAUAAGAGUUCGAGAAAACCAGCCUUCAGGCCAUGUUCCUAUCAGUUUAAAAAAUUGUUAACCUUUUUCCCCCUUUUUAUUUUUUAAUUAUUCAUCUGUUUUUAAGUAAAUCUACAAAAUUCAUAGGAAAAGAUGCCAUUUUACAGGGGCAUGCAACUUGUUUCAUAUGAACUAAUUUUCAGAAAAGACAAGAAAAACAUUUCUUUUUUAAAUCUCUCUCUCUCUCUCUGUCCCAUCGUCCGGGACUUAUUUUCUUUGUCUGUUGCGUUCAAAGUAUACGAGAAAAAAGUGAAAACAGACAACACACACACAAAGCACACAUUAGACGAAAGUUUGAAGUGAUUUUUCAAAAAAAUCCCGUGUGUCAUUGUCAAUGUUGUCGUCGUUUUUCCUUUUUUCGUAACCGUUUGCAGGGUGUCUUUUUUCUCUCCUCAUUAUCUCCUUUUUCUUAUGAUAACCGAUGGGUUCAAAAAAGGGAAAAAGUGUAGGUUCUUUUUUUAUUUCGUGUCGCAUGUUCCUCCUCCUCCACUAUAUUUGAAAAUGUCUAGACAUUUUUUUUUAACGAGAAAUAAAGGAAUCAAAGUUAGUAGACGGAUCGAUCAACUAGGAGGCAGACGGAAGUAUCGAUCGGAGUCGGGGACGUGUGUGUCAUGCCAAAAGCGAGAGCUCGCCGUUGUUGAAUUUCUGUCUUUUUUAGACAACAAUUUUGUUUAUUUCUUUUGACAAGAAAUCGCUUUCAACUGCAGUUUUAUUUUUAUUUUAUUUCCUUUUUUAAUUUGUCGUCGCUAGGAAAUCCGGGGGCGAUUAGUUCUUCCUUUAUCUCCCUUUUUUGCAAUUAGCUUCAACCCGCCAAAUGCAGCUCAAAAGACGCAAAAAGGGGAAAAUGGCUUCCAGAUCACAGUUUUCUUUUUAAUUUUAAUUUGUUAAAAGACGAUGAAAAUCUGGCGCUAUUUAGUAGCAACUUUAUUUUGUUGUUUUAUUUCAUUUCCUAAGAAUGAAAACAACAAUUGAG